GUUUGAUCAAUCACCGAAAGACCCAUUCGCGUUGUUGCUCUCUCGGGUCCUCCCCUCCCCUCCCUCCUACCAUCCCAAUGGGGAACUGUUGUUCCCAAUCUCAACCUAAAGAUCAUGCAGAACCUGAAGCUCAAAAGGCCUUAAAAGGAGACACCUCAAAGGAUGAAAACACAACCGCGGAUCCUCCUAAAACCGCGGCACCUCCUAAAUCUGCGCCGCCUCCUAAAACGGCCCCUACUGCUCAACCUCCAAAGAAUGGCAAGCAGUCGCCUAUCGGGACGGUUUUGGGACGUCCAAUGGAAGAUGUUAGAUCUCUUUACACCAUAGGCAAAGAGCUUGGUAGGGGCCAAUUUGGUGUCACACAUUUGUGCACUUGCAAGACUUCAGGAAAGCAGUUUGCAUGCAAAACAAUUGCAAAGCGAAAACUUGCCAACAAAGAGGACAUUGAGGAUGUGAGGAGGGAAGUACAAAUCAUGCAUCAUUUGGCUGGACAGCCUAAUAUUGUUGAGUUAAAGGGCGCGUUUGAGGAUAAACACUCGGUACAUUUGGUGAUGGAGUUGUGCGCUGGAGGAGAGUUGUUUGAUCGAAUCAUCGCCAAGGGCCAUUAUACCGAGAGAGCUGCAGCAUCGUUGCUUCGGACCAUUGUUAAAAUCAUUCAUACCUGCCAUUCCAUGGGUGUUAUUCACAGAGAUCUCAAGCCUGAAAAUUUUCUUCUUUUGAAUAAGGAUGAAGAUGCACCCCUUAAGGCUACUGACUUUGGCCUGUCUGUGUUCUACAAACAAGGUGAGGUAUUCAAAGAUAUUGUGGGAAGCGCGUAUUAUAUCGCACCCGAAGUCUUGAAGAGAAAAUAUGGACCAGAAGUUGAUAUCUGGAGCAUAGGGGUCAUGUUAUAUAUUCUUCUAAGCGGAGUUCCUCCUUUCUGGGCAGAAUCGGAGCAUGGUAUAUUCAAUGCAAUCUUGCGUGGGCACAUCGACUUCACGAGUGAUCCUUGGCCUUCGAUAUCUCCUCCAGCCAAGGAUCUUGUAAAGAAGAUGUUGAAUUCAGAUCCAAAGCAAAGGCUGACUGCCCAUCAAGUUCUUUCUCAUCCCUGGGUUGUGGAAGAUGGAGAAGCACCUGAUAAACCACUUGGCAAUGCUGUUCUUGGCAGGCUAAAACAAUUUAAAGCUAUGAAUAAUUUCAAAAAAGUUGCACUUCGGGUGAUUGCAGGAUGCCUUUCAGAGGAAGAAAUCAUGGGACUGAAACAAAUGUUCAAAGGCAUGGAUUCUGAUAAUAGUGGAACCAUAACGCUUGAGGAACUGAAACAUGGACUAUCUAAGCAAGGGACAAGACUAAGCGAGUCUGAAGUCAAACAAUUGUUGGAAGCUGCUGAUGCAGAUGGGAACGGAACCAUAGAUUAUGAAGAGUUCAUAACAGCAACAAUGCAUAUGAAUAGAAUGGAUAGAGAAGAUCAUCUGUACACUGCAUUCCAGUACUUUGAUAAAGAUAACAGCGGGUACAUUACUAUAGAAGAGCUUGAGCAUGCUCUCCGUGAAUUCGGAAUGACCGAUGACAGGGACAUAAAGGAGGUUAUAUCUGAAGUCGACUCUGAUCAUGAUGGCCGGAUAAACUACGAUGAGUUUGUGGCAAUGAUGAGAACAAAAACCCAAGCAGACACAAUGAAUCCUAAGAAACUAAGACAAUCAUUCGUCGCUAAAUGAUAGCUGCGAGCGAGUUUCGCCUAAGCAUGUCCGAAGAGGAGGGAGCUGUCCAAGUGGGGAUGACUGAGGCAACAAGAGUUGAAUCAGGUCUGGAGGGAACUAGAACCAGUGGGGAUAUUGUUCUAGCAAGAAACUUUAUAUUUGUUGCUUUUGGAGACACUAUUGAACAACAAUUGUAAAGGGUAUAUGGGUUGGGUUAGAUAAUACGUUCCAAUUUGCAUGCACAGGAUAUAGAAUCAACUGUAUGGCUUGCUGAUAUUUUUGCAAUUGUUUGGAAUCAUUUGUCUAACAUGUUUACACGC